AUGGACAUGCCUUUCGAUGUUAGUGAGCCUCAAGUUGAAGGACACGACGGCUUUGCCAGAUUCUACUGGAAACAUGACGAACAAUUGCAUCCUUUGAGAAGGAAAAAAGGAAAAGGUGAAGACGCACAUGCUCCCAUGGAAACAACAAGAUAUGCAUAUGAAAAGUAUCGUGAAGUUAGAAGUCAAAUUACAUCUGGUCGAACCUUUACAGUAAACUUUGACGAAGGAAAGAACAAAGAAGGCUUCAUGGGAGUACUUGCUGCAAUUCAAGACGGAAAUAAGAAAGGACACAAUCUCAGAUUGACCAUAACAGAUUUGGAUGGUCACAUUUACUAUGCACAUGGCAAUGAACAAACAGCCGCAAAACUUCUUGACGCUUUCAAGACUACAAGAGAAGAACAAAUGGUUGACUCCGACUCAGACAUUUUUAAUGCAAUUGAAGGAAUUGCAAGUGUCAAGUUCGAAUGGUACCAACCUAACCCUCAAGCAGUCAGACAACAUGCUGGAUACUUCCCGUUCAUAAAUAAGUCUGACAUUGACUUGACAAG